UCUCUUGAUUCAGGAUUACCUUGCAUCUCCCGACUAUGAGAUGUUGCUCAUCUCCAAGGGAUAUUCAUCUGUGAUUUACUUAAUAGGUACUUCUGAACGGUUUUAGCUAUGAUUAACAGCGUCUGACCCGUAAGUACUGAAAUAUCCAUAACAAAAUCGUUUCUAUCUCUGCUCAUUUGGUUUCACCCAGAUUGAAUUUAUGUAGAUGUAUUGAGAAAAUAUCCUGUUAAUUGGUCUCACAGUCCGACAUUUUAAGGACAAAAGUUAAGCCAUUAUUCUAUGUACAUUGUAAUAUGGCAGAGAUAUCUUGGUCACGACAACCAGUUUGUUCAGUGUUAUACUUUACUUUGCACACGUAGAAACUUAAUAUUUAAGGAUGCAACAACUUCACUUUUGCACAAAAUAGAAAAUCUGUUUUCAAAAGAGACAAAUGACGCUAAGAGUCUGACAAAUUCUUGAAUAUCUUCAAGAAGAGUGCUUUUUAAAAUCUAAAACUAGCAAGCUAAAUAGCUAACAAACAACGAGGUGGCAUGUAGUACACUAAACAAAAAGCUUGCUAACUGUUGACAUUGAAAGCCUUUAACAUGGUGUUUCCCACCCCGGAACAGAAAGCUACAGUUUAGUGGGGACGACAAUUUGUCAAUUUAUCAGUUCUUCACAUGACCACAUAGCCUACCCACAAAAUGAAACUGAGGAUGUGACAAACACUAUUUACCAACAAACACAGCCCUACAUAAUAGGCUAUAGGUAUAUCAUUUAGUGGGGUAGUGAUGUCAUAGAGAAAAUACUGGGCUGCCUCUGUUGUUGCUGUGUUCAAGUCAUUGGUUCAUGUGUCUUAUUUAAUUUUAUGGUGCAAUAUGUACUUGUGGUUAAAACCUGAAAUGUGAAAUAUAUAAAUCAGUUGCAGUUCUGCAGCUAAACGGUAUGAUUUUUUCUGCGUGCUAUUCUAUUCUGUUUCACAUGGUUUUUUUUAUAAUGAAUUUAUAUAUUUAUAGUGUUAAAGCUGUAUUUUCAUCAUGGCAUCAGAAUAAGAUAAUCAUUGUGUGUGUAGAACCAUUUUUGUUUUAAAAAAAAGCAAAAAGUGCAUAUUGCACCUUGGGUUGAAAGACCAUUGUGUCACAUAAUGAUCUGAGUGAUAUAAUUACUGUAAUUGCAUAAUAAUCAUAAUCACCUGAGUUAUAGGGGGAAGGAGGUUUAGUUCUUGGCGAUUGUGUUUGUUGUUUUCUGUGUCUAUUAUGAUAUGUUUUUGUUUUGCUACAAUGAUUUUUAUGUUUUUAUUUAAUGUUUUUAAGUUGUAGGCGAAUGCAUGUAUUGGCACACGUGUUCAGAUGGUCCCCUGCCUCUCUGUGGUAAAAACUUCCUUAGUUAACAUACUGCUGCAGAAAUAUCACAAAAAUAUCAAGUCCAGCAUAGAUCUCAUCUGACUGAGAACACAGACGCAGUCAUUCCACCACCAGCACCAUGCCCAUUAUCAGCAAUGCCAACCGUGACUUCAGCAACCUCUCAGUCAGCACAGACAACAGCAGCCUCGACCGCUUCUUCACUGAGAUCCCAGAGACAGAGGCCAUCAAAGGGGUCUACUACAAGCGGGCCCAGUUCCUCCGAGAGCCUGAGGCCUUGGGCAAGGUAGACCAUGCCCAGCUGGCCCUCAUCAACGUGGGGGGCGACCGCUACACCUUCCCCUGGAGCACGCUGGAGGAGUUCCCCCUGACACGCUUGGGCCAGCUGCGCUUCUGCCGCAGCCACAAUGACAUCUGCCGCCUGUGCGACGACUACGAUGAGGUGCGGCACGAGUACUUCUUCGACCGCAGCUCGGCGGCGUUCCGCGUCAUCCUCAACUUCCUGGCGGCGGGGAAGCUGCGGCUGCUGCGCGAGGCCUGCGCUGUGUCACUCUGGGACGAGCUCAACUACUGGGGUGUGGACACGUGCCACAUGGAGCGCUGCUGCCGGCGCAGCAUGAUGGCCCACGUGGAGGAGGUGGCCGAGAGAAAGCGACGGGACGAGGAGCUGCGGCAGCGCAGGCUGGCCCUGCUGCAGCGCCCCCUGCAGGAGGAGAGGGGCUGCCGGAGGGUGAUGAGCAUGCUGAGGGACAUGGUGGAAAACCCAGAGUCGGGCUGGCUGGGUAAAGCCUUCGCCGUCUUGUCAGUGGUGAUGAUUGCUGUGACAGUCAUCAGCCUGUGCAUAACCUCCAUGCCAGACCUCAGAGAGGAGGAGAGAAGGGGUGAGUGUUCUCAGAAGUGUCAGCUCAUGUUUAUAAUAGAGACCAUCUGUGUGGUCUGGUUCUCUCUGGAGUUUGUGCUCCGCUUCAUCCAAGCACGCAGCAAGCUGGCCUUUGCCCGCGGGCCACUCAACAUAAUCGACGUUGUGGCCAUCCUUCCGUACUACAUCUCUCUGAUGGUCGACGACAACGACACAUUGGAGGACGAACCCACGAGUGGUGGCAGCAGCGGCCGAGGUUAUCUGGACAAGCUGAGCCUCAUCCUGCGCAUGCUGCGCGCCCUGCGCAUCCUCUAUGUGAUGCGGCUGGCGCGCCACUCCCUGGGCCUGCAGACGCUGGGCCUGACCAUACAGCGUAGCAUGCGCGAGUUCGGCCUGCUGCUGCUCUUUCUGUGCGUGGCCGUGGUAUUCUUCUCGCCGCUGGUGCACCUGGCCGAAAGUGAGCUGGGCUCAGCGCCCACCACUUCCACGGCCGGCAUGGGCGCCCAGGGCUUCACCAGCAUCCCCGCCGCCUACUGGUGGGCCAUCAUCUCCAUGACAACCGUGGGCUACGGCGACAUGGUGCCCAACAGCCUCCCCGGCCAGGUGGUGGCGUUCAGCAGCAUCCUCAGCGGCAUCCUCAUCAUGGCCUUCCCGGCCACCUCCAUCUUCCACCGCUUCUCCCGCUCCUACCAGGAGCUCAAGCUGGAGCAUGAGAUGAUAUACAAGGCAGAGCUGAAGGAGGAGCGCAUCGCCACUCUGGCAGCCUUAGCCUCUGAAGGCAUGCAGGGAGCGGAAGGGAGAUUCCAAGCCCCUCCAUUCCCAGACUGGGAGGAUGAAGACAAUGCUGUGGGCCACUGGGAGAAUGGGAAGGCCCCACUCGACUAUCAGCCACUCCCAUCAGGCCACUAAAACUGUCAUUCUCACUUUUUAAAGACUCUAGUAUACCUGGCCAUGUCUGACCAUGUGAUUUUAUAUACAGUACAUAUGGCUUGUAGUUUCAUGGACAUUUGCUCAAUCAACAAAACUGACUUUGAAACUUUUCCUGAGCAUUGAUCUUACCCUUUUCACCCAUAUAGUCCUGCUUAAGGUCUUUGAGUGCAGAAACACUGUAAUAAUGUUGACAGCAUAUAUAUUCCUACUUUAGUAUUGUUUGGCAUUUGCAGUAUGCAAAGUCCAUUAUUACUUCCACUGCAUUACUUUCUAACACUUACAUGCAGAUUUUUUUUUUAAUAUUACACCUUGCAUUUUUUGACUACUUGUGUGGUUAAGAUUUCCGAAUAUGUUUUCAGAAUAUGAUGUAAUAUUAUAUUAAGGAAAAAAUCAUAAUAGCCUUGAAGGUGGCAAGAAGCGCAAACCAAACAGGUAAAAGAGCUAGAGGGUAUUCCCUAGCUUGUGGAUGGUCUCAUUGGUUCCUCAGUCAUUUAAAACAGCACAGUGUUUUUUUUAGAUAUUACAUCAUCACUGAUUUGAACUGUUGCAUAAAGACAACAAUGCGUCUUGCUGCUUUGAAAACUUCAACACUGAAUAAAUGAAUAGAUGAUCGUGGUUAUGAGUAAGCCAUGCAACACGGUCAGAGUUCCAAAGAGGCCAGUCCUUCAGACACUCCAAAUUAAAGAGCAGUGUGGAAAAGCUGAAAUGUAUUAUAUUGAUACAGCUCUCUUUCCACUUCACUUGUCGGACUGUGCUAUGGUAACGUGGAAAGAUGCAGAACCCUAAAGGCACUUUUCCCCUCAGGGGCCUGUUCUAUGGCAACUGAAUGUGGAGCAGAAAGGGUCUCAAGUGCAUCUGCACAGGAGCAUGUUUUGUGAAAUAAAUGUUUAGUGGGACACUUCUAUGAAA